UUUUAGAAGUUGAAUGGUCAAAAUCAGAAAUCGCGCUCAUGUUGCACAAAAAAGGAAAAUAAAACUAAAUUAAAUAAAAAAUAAAUAUUAACCAAUAAAAAAAAAUAAAUAAAAUAAAAAACAAAGUGACAAAAAUAAAAAUGUGCGGAGAAUGUGAGUGGCAUAACAAAACCAGAGUGUUAGUGUAGAGGGCAUAUGGCAGAUAUAGUGUCGCAACGGUAAAUUCUGCUCUCAUGAUGUUUCUAUCCUUCUCCUCAAUAUAUCAAAAAAUGUUACACUAUUCAGCUAUUCUACAAGAAUGUCAAAAGUUAAAGUUGGUUUACAGUAUUUAAAGUGAGGUGACUUUGUGCUAAUUUCUUUAUUUUACUAAUUUUUGUGUUAAUAAAUAAAUAAAUAAAAUCAAAAAAAGACCAAAUUUAAUCAAAUCAUAAAAAAGUUGAAAUCGAACCAUAACGAAAAAAAAAAUUAUAUUAAAAAAAAUUUAGUGCUCUAUAUGUCGAUAUCCUAGCAGCGUCUCAUCAGUAGCUGCUGUACUGCAUUUUCCUCGCUUAUCGUCCAUGCAUACCGGAAAUUGACACGCAAAUAAGUCAACAAAUAAACACUCACCACCAACUGCGAGCAAACGGUCACCCAAAAACGAACACAGGCUGGCCAGUCAGUCCGCCGAGGACAAUAAAGAGUUUCACAUUGUAUGGAAACGCAGCCAUUGUUUUCAUCAACCAAUAUUUGUGUGCUGCCAUUGUGAGUGUGUGACGAGAAGCCACUGGCAGACGUGCGUAAGAGACUCCAUUAGUGGCGUAAUUUCUGUUGGCAUACAACGUGGCAUCGAAGUGACUUACUAAGGCACCGUUACAGUUAACGGUGGGCUAAGUGAGCUGGGAAAAAUCUGUUGGCUGCUGCCGCAGCGUAAUUUUCAGGAAUUAGCAGUGAUUAUGGCCAAGGAUUCAGCUUCAUCUCGCAUACCGCGCCUAGAUGGCGUCUCACGUAUUCCAUUACCCGGCAGCUUGCGACCACCCAGCUCAACCGCACAGACCGUUACCGGUAUAGCAGCACGUACAUCGCAAAUUUUUCAGCGCGCAUCCACAGUGGGAUUCCAACAGAAACGUCCCGCAACUUUGGCUGGUCUGCGACCGUCCACUGUGAGCGCGAAUUCACUUAAACGCAGCGCAUCCGGUGAUCACAUCACCAACGCAGUCAACUUGGUAACCAAGAAAACCACUACAGCAAUUAAAAAAUGGAUAGGAAGGCCGGAGAAAAUACCUCCACCGACUGCAGUCCCUAAGACGGCACAAAUCGUGUGGCAAACCAUAACUAAACGAAAACAAGCACCAGAAAAGGAUGACCCAGUUCCGGAUGUGGCUCCGAAGAAUGAAUAUUUCUGUACACCACGGCCACUCACGCGCUCCGAUACAUUUGUACGCACCGACAGUCCCAACGACAUUACACAGUUCGCACCAAGCUUGCUUACACAAUCUACACCAGCACCACCCACUACCGGGUCGCUUACAACCACACGCAUAACCCGUCCACCGGAUAUCAAUGAGACAACGAAAUUGCUAAGCACCAAUACGCGUCACGCACUAUACACCACCCAAAGUCUGGACAUCAGUCAAUUCAAUCCAGCGGCGCAACUAGGCGAAACGUUUGAAACAACCAUGAAACGUACAAUGACGCUCGAUGAAACGAAAGAAGAUGUGACCUAUCGCUAUUCACCGCAUGCAAGACAAACAAUACUGAAACCCAAUCUUACUACAACCUUGAAUGCACCCGCCUUACUUGGUCAAACUAUGAAUGUGGUCUCCUCUGCGGAAACUUUUACAUUGAAGUCACAGGGGAUCUCUAACGCCACCACACUCUUGGACACUACACCAGCUAUGGGUGGUACGAGAAUCGUUGACUCUGCUGAUGCAAUCUCACCCAUUACUAACGCCACUUACUCAAAUCCUGAUUCGCUGGAUAAUCUACAGUUAUUGGAAGACGUGUCUGCGCCGUCUGGUUUCUUAGAUAUGGAUCUAACAUUACAAUCAGAGAGUGCGAGCGAACAUGAAAAGACCCGCGACAAUUUAUUAGACUGUUCCGUCUCCUCAGAGCCAGAUGAGAUGAAUAGUACGCUGAAAGCGCUGGCGCCAGAAAAAGCUCACAUGAAACUGCCACUCAACUCGACGUUAAAUACCGAAAAGUUGCUGGAUCUCACCACCGACACGCUGUCGCCGUCGAAUCGGGAAAUUCACAUGCUUAACCUGACCAAAGAUUAUCUGGGCUCAUCGCACAUUAGUUUGGGCAAUACCAGUCAGCUGCUGUACAUGACGCAACAGCAAAAUACUCUUACUGAUCACAACACGCCUGACUACAACCACGUAAAGAAAUUGCAGGAACAGAAGCAUUUACUAACUUCACCUCAACUAGCACUCAAAAGUGCCCACAGUGAUUUGGUGCUGCCCACGCGCACCCCAGAUGACGAGCCAUUAAGCAUGCCAAUGGAAGUCGAUGCGAACACAUUGCUGGCAAUGGGUUCACGCACAGAAGAGUUCUAUGCAGCGCGUGAAGGUAAACAGGGUCAGGCGGUGGGCAUCGCCACAUCGCUGCAGGAUGUCAACAAUCCGAAUGUGAGACAGAAAUCACGUUACUCCUUCGGUUUGGAUCUCACCGAGUCCACACUCGAUUGCUCAAUAGAAUUGGUGGAUGUGUCACUUUCUUCAAGCGCUGCUCUGCAUCCGACUGCCCACAAUACUAUGGCUGCUCAUCCACAAUCGCCUUCUUUGCACGCCCAACCACAACACCAGCAGGCAUUGAGGCGCCAAACUUCUUUUGAGUUGGAUGAAAGUCUGGGUAUUUUGACACCCGACCAGAUGAAGGAGUUUCUAGACUCGUCUAACACUAACAACACAAACAACUUGGAAUUGCCUCUAGCGCAUAACGGCAAUAAAAUGGUAAUUCAUCAUAUGCGCAUUGAUCAGACGCCAUCACCGGAGGAACUGCCACUUGAUCCUGUUGAGGUAAAGACUGACGUCACAGAACUUUUACUGUCACAGCAACACCAACAUCAGCCGAAUAUUUUUGAGUCGUCUAUAAAUCUGCAACAUCAGCAACAAUUGCAGCAGCGUCAGCAACAGUUACAGCAACAACAACUGCAGUCUAGCUCAAUCAGUACUGCCGAGCCGGUCUCCACACACACCGACACCGACAUGUCAUCUAAAACGUCGGACGCAAUGACCAAAUCCAAUGUAUCCAAGAUUUCGACCAGCUUUAUCACUAGCGUUACAAGUGUAACAAGUUUAGACACCGGUUAUCAGGGCGAUGGUGAAAUGUCACGACCAGCUUCGCGCGGCGCCUGUGACCACUCGCCUUCAAAUGGGCCUACGGCACGCAAAUGCGGCCACGUUUCACGUCAACCUAGCUUUAAUCAACAAUUGCAGCAGCAACAAAUGCCACUGGUGCGCCGCCAAGAUCCAAUGACGGACUCAGAUUUUUUCACUGAAUCCGAUGCGGAUGACAUCUUUCAUCGUGGCGAUCGACGCGCGCAAGUAAUCGAUGGCCAACUGUAUGGGCCGAUGCUGCAGCCAGCAGCCUCAGUGUUCAUAUCCGAGGAUCCGGAAGAUUCGUGCAUGGAAUCGUCGGGCAUAUUCACGGAUGUCGAGAAUAGAUGUGACGAUGAUUUGGCGCAAAUGCGGCGUCAGGACACACAAGACGCAAUGUUGGAUAUGUCGCCGGAAGGUGAGGGCGAUGAUUCCACCGAAACAGUGAAAAGCAAUCGGGAAGCCAGCAAAAAUGCCAAUGGGGGCGAGCGCGCAAACGCAAAUAAAAGUGAAAUUAAUGCCGGCGACGACAUAACUGUAAACACAAUGGCGCGAAAUGUUGCCGCUACAACACUCGGUCAAGGUCAAUUGAGUAACAGCCAAACAUCUUCUACAAUACAUAGCAGCAUGAGCACCGAUCGCCUCUCCGCAGCGACGCUCUCCAAUCGCACUUCAUACUGCAGUGUCGACGGCAACACAGUGAACGCGGACUGCAAAAGCUUUUCAUCGCUGGAAGAAGCUUUUGAUGAGAGCACGUCGGCGCAGAAUAUCAGCGGCACAAUCAACACCACGUUUCUAAGUCCAGCAAGCACUGAGUGCGCAAAACACUCACCGCUCUCCACGACUGGAAACGAAGACUGCGCUGACUGCAUCAACAGUCGGUGUGGCGACGAUAGCAUGGCUAGAGCUGAUACAAAACAGCACGCGUCAGUGCAUAGAGUGACUCCAUCAUAUAAACACCUAUCUUUAAAUUCGCUCUCGACAGUUGCGGCAAAAAGCGCCGCAUUUGGUGGUGCUAAAUUAGAAAACGACGAAAACAGAUUCGUUUUAGGUUUGUCGGCAUCGCGCGGGCGCGUACUAAUUGAAAGGGAAACACUUUCGGAAUCGGGUACGGCUGGCACAAAAGUAGCCUGCGCCUCCUCAUCAUCUUCAACGACCUCGUUAUCUUUAGACAACCAAAGCAGCAACAACAGUAAGAACAUACAACGAUACGCGUUAGAGGCCGUAGUUGCAGCAGCCGCAAAAGCCACAAACGCCGCCGGUGGUACAAACAAACGAACGCCGCGCACGUCGAAAUUCGCAUCCGCGCAUAAUUCGCCCAAACAAUACGCAUCGAGCGGGUCGGUCGCGAGUGUAAUUGAUAGCGGUACGCCAGCAUCGAGUGUGCGCAAAAAGCAGACACCCAACAAAUGGGAUGCAGUGAUGAAUAAAAUUCAAAGUAACAAAGCUCUGCCUAAGAAAAAUUUAAAAGAAGUGAAAUCAAAAGUGUCAACAUUACGCCCCAGCAAUGGGGUAAGUGCUGCGAGCGGUGCUGUUGGCAACGUUGCCACAAAGGGCGGGUCGGGUCGAUUGAAUGUCGGUGCUACACAGGCGCGCUCAAGCGCCAGCUCCACACCACUAAUACGCCGUUCGCCAACCUCAACUACUGGGAGCGGCACCAUGAGUCCGCGCACCAAUGGGAUGUUGUUGCCGCUGCGGCCAACGGAUAACGGCACACAACGCAGCGGUAGCGGCAGUCCAACAACAGCGCAACAAGUGACAAAGCGACUGUUCCAGGGAGUUGCCGCUAAGCGUGGUCGAUCGUACAGCAAAGACAGUCAGAAGAGCUCCCAAAGCGAUCUCAGCAUGGCAAGUGCUGGUGGCGGUUCACCGAAGCUUUUGGCUAAAACUCCACUGAGAGCUGCCAAAAAGCGCGAUGUGCGAAACUUGAGCAUAUCGCCGACAGAUUUGGGACCGCCACCGAAGUCACAGCAGACUGCUAAAGGCACAUCGACGCGGCUCAAGCCUGCGGCUAUCUCUUUGACACAAAAACGUUAUCCUUCACAAAGUGUUUCUGGUACACCCUCCACCACAUCUACAGCAGUUAGCACACCGACGGGCACUGGCGGCAGUAUUUUAAAAUUGAAAAGCCCACCAACCGUCAAGAAAAUUGUUAAAGAUCAAAAUCGUGGUAUCGGCAGUGCGGUGAAUAAAAAUGCCAAACACACAGAUGCACCAACAGAGUUGCAUGAAAUCAAUCACAAUAACAAUAAUAGCAUCACAACAACAACUGUAACUAAUGGUACAACAACAACCACAACAACACGCACAAAUUCACAAACCCCAUCGCCCAUCCUAGGACAUCAUGGCAAGAAGUCAGCAACGUCCACAACUACCGGCUCUAGUGCCACAGUGCUCGGUGGAACGUUGCUGGAAAAAAAAUCUCAAUCGAAAUUGCUCUCGGCGCGUGGCAAAGCUUUGCUACCGAAAUCCCAUCAACAACAACGCUCGGCUGAGGAAGCGCCUGUGCCAGCGACCGGAGUCGCUGAGCGACUGGAUGCGACGGAGCUGCAGCGUUUGAAACAUUUGAAUCGACAUUCGUGUAACGGUCGAGUGGACUAUGAGGCAAUCGAGCGGCACCUGGAGCAGACGGAAUUGCAGGAAGAGCACCGCAACAAAGGCAUAGAGGCUUUGGGCGUUUUGCUGCAGUAUGCGGUGUUCAAUCUGGAUGCAUUCGCAUGUCCGAGAGUAAAAACCGAGAAACACAAAAUUGAGGAACGUUUAAGCACAACACUGAAGCUGCUGGAUGAAGCGAAAACCAACUGUGCUCAGCUACAGGAUCAACUAUGUGAAAAAGAAGGCUAUUAUUUACAGCGCGAGCAAAAUCUGCAAGCAUUUCACCGCUGCGAAUUGGACAAAGAACAAGCCAAUCUAGCCGAUUAUCAAGCUUUUGCACAAGAGAAGUUCAAUGUACUCGAAUCACAAUUGGAGGCAAAAAAUUUGGAGCAUAAACGUACCAUAGAAUCGUUUCGCCUGGAACUCUCACAGAAAAACCAAGAGCUCUGCGCAGCCGACGAACGUGAAACGAAAUUGAAGGAACGUUUCAGUGCGUUGGAGAUUUCUGAGCAAGAGUUGCGUGAAAAGCUGAAGAGUUCGGAAAAUUCCUACGCUACGCAUUUAAAAGUUGCCUCAGAACGUCAGGAGCAGUGUCAUGAGCACAUAAAAAUGAUUACGAAGGAAGUGGAAACGCUGCGAGCCUCCAACGAAAAUAGGGAACGUGAGUUGCGUGAUAAAUUGAAUUUAUCGCAGGAGGAAAUUUCGGUUUUGCGAUCAUCUCAGCGCAGUUUCAAUGAGAGCUUGGACCGUAGUAGCGGCAUUAGCUCACCACGUAACUCUAGCACUUCGGAGUUUGCGCGCUUGGAAAGCGAGGUGGACAGCUUACACUGUGUGUUGGAGUUGAAGCAGAAAGAGAUUUCGAAGCUGAUCAAACAAAACGAGAAAUUGAUGCGAGAUGCUGAAGAGCGCGCCGUACUAACAGGCAAAAUAUCCAAGCUUGAGUCGAUGAUGGAGAUGCUAAAAUCAGAGCUUGACAUCAAGUCGGAGAAGGAGAAGGACUUCCUUCGCCAAAUAGACGACAUGCAAAAGGCUUAUAACCACGAAAUGGUAAAACGAAAGCGUCUCAGCUACGAUAACGAGGCCUUGCAAUGGCAGCUCAAGCAGCGCUCAGAGCAAUUGCAUAUCGUGGAAACCAAAUUGCAUGAGCUCUCCGCAAUGGAAUCGCACAACGCAAGCACUCAAUCUAGUAUUCACUCACUGAAUCGUUCUCAGCUGAUGAACGGUUCAUCAAUGGCCAGCAUACAAAUGGACGAUUUUUCGCCACCCACAUCACCUGUGGUCAAGGGUGUAAUUGAAAAGCCUGAUUCCGUGUCGUGGGUGCUAGAGAUGGACGAUGAUACACCCGAAGCAGCCGCAUCGAAAAUGGUGAAACGCGCUGGUUCUUUUCGUUCAGUUGAGCGCAGUCCUUCGACUCGUCGGCAGUUGUCCGGAGGCACCAGCGCCAUGAAUACAUCUUUGAGUAGUGUCGGCAGCGGUGCAUCAUAUGGCAAUGGUAAUAGCAGUGAGGGACCCAAUCCACUCUCGCAGUCAAUGUCUGCUACCACAGUGAUACGACAUUCCAGCGAUGUGCGAACCGAGUUCAGCAAACGUCCGCACUCGCGCACUCGCUCCAAAUCGGUGAGUGUUAAAGGCACCGAACCAGUGAACGCUAGUGCAGGUGCGCUCAGCACCGGCUCGGUGGGCACCAAAAGCGGCAAACGGCUAUUGCGUCAAAGCUCCAGCUCAAGUGCAUGGAAGCAGCAUCAAUUGGAGUUGAUCAACUGGAAGGAACCGGUUAGUUCGAGUUCACCGCAUCAAAAUGCGAUACAUCCACGAACAUCUACGCUGUGUUCAGAAAUAGACGAGGAGCUGGUAUUGGCAGGCAGACACGAUGACUCGUUUUUUCCACACACUCCAAACUCCAGCGCAGCCGCCCGAAAGCUCAUCACCUGCGACACAUCCAAGUUGAAUUCGGGUGAGCGAUUGGAUAUGCAGUCGUUACCCACACACGCCUCCGUGCAUGAUCUUAAAAAGAAAUUCCACGAGAUACAGGAAUCCGCGGGUGAAGCUAUGGUGUCGGGCACAAAUUCCGAGGACGAAAGCUGCUCCGCGUCAUCUGAUGAUGCUUGCUCAGCAUCGACCUCGUCUGCAACAACAGGUUCAACCUCGUCGCUAAAGAACUCGCACAUUUCACUGGAAGACGAUGUUAUCUUGUUCGACAAAAUCAACAGCCUCAACGGUACGCCAAUGGAAGUUAGCUGGUCCGAUGAUACAGAAAUAUUUGCUAACGGCUCAACGGUAUGACAAGACGAAGCGUUAGAAUUAGCAGAAGAAGAUGAGGAAGAGGAUAGCUUCUGAAUCUAAUUGCAAUAACAAUUUAGCAGGCGUUCAACAGAAAAACGUAAUUUAUUUUUUAAAAAAGAAAAGCAAAAAAAACUUAAGCCAAUAAGAGGUUAAAUAAACUGUGGCUCUUCCACUGGCAAAGCACAGACAUUUCACAAAUUCAGCACCUCAAGGCGUUGGAAAUGUGAUUGCUUUGAGGGUAGAAGAGCGCACAAAACAUGACAGAACACACUGGCCAAAAUUAUAUAGUUUGCUGGGAUUUGGCGCUAUUUGGGUAGCCUCGAACUACUUAACUUUAUUUAAUUUUAUUUAUUUGAAGGAAGAGAAAUGAGAAAGCGUUAAUGAAUUACUUGUAAUUUUGAUGGUUUCAUGUACAACAGAGAGUAAAAAUAAUAAUAAAAAAAAAAUACUUUCGCAUUGUUAUGAAUGCUUAGGGAAGAGAUGUGAAAUCUUAAUACUGAAAUAUUUAUGCUGAAGGAAACUAAUUUGGAUGGCAACUGUUCCGCUUUUGCUCGCAAGUUGCGAAUGCAUUUCCAUACAAAUGGACUUACUGGUUGCUAAAAAUAUGCAUAAGAAAGAAAAAUUCUGGUUAAUAUUCGGGGCUUCAUCACCCUGGAGCACUACUAAUCAUGUGCAGAUUCUGCAUCAGAAAUUCGGGAGUGUUGUCUGACGUAUUUGAGUUUUUAGUUAUCUCUGACUGAUUUUGCUGAAAAUAGUUUCGCGCGCAAUUAACAACUCAAAUACUGGAACCCCCAUAUAUGCCUUAUUCUGAGUAUGAAAUGGUGUGGUGAAACACAUACCCAUGCAUAUGAAACUAUUAGCUAAGCUUUCUAUUAAAAAUACGACAUCUAGCCAGCAACAAAAUUUUCGAAGCAAAAUUUAUUAGACGAAUAUGAGCGCCAAUUACGUCUGCAUUUAUAGGAAAAUUUGAAGACCAGAAAAUUGUAUGACCAGAGAGAAAAUGUAAAUAUCGGCUUUUAAAUUUAUUUUGAUUGUUCCAUGCGAUAUUUGUGGCAGCGGCAAGCUAACUAAUGGCGUCACCAGGCUGCGCAGAAAUUUUUAAUAAAGCAAAAGUUUUGAACGAUUUGAAAAAAAUAUAAACACAAACGAAGAAUAUUGUAAGGGGUAUGAAAACAAAUGUAUGUAUGUGUGCAAUGAAAUGGAAUCGGCCCGUCUAAUGCAAACUUAACUAGGAACUUUAGCGCCCGCAAAGCAGUCCAUUAAUGAUACGGAACCUGAGGAGUAGCACCUUAAUAAAUAUUUGUGUGUAGGCGGAGGAGGAGGAAUAACUGGAUUUACUUAUAAUUAAUGUGUUUCACUGUGUGAAAACACUUCACUCUUGCAAAAAACGUGUGUCCAAGGCGUAAGAAAGUGAAUGUAAAGGAAUAUUUUAGCUUUAAAGAUUAUAAUUUUCACUGUACUUUCAGUUUAUUUCAUGUUAAUUGUAUUUAUUUAAUUAUAGUAAAAGUGUGUACCUAAACAUUAAGCUUAUAAAUAUUAUUGUGUAGUAUUUAGCUACCUUUCUUUACUACCUUAAGUUGGAGUCAGCCGGUCAGUCAGCCAAUCAGCCAGUCAGGCAGGCGGUUGUGUCGCGUUGGGCUGAGUUGUAUUGAUGAAUUAAAUAUCCAAGAAUGUGCAUUAUAAUUACAAAGAAAAAAAUAUAACUAAUAUUGAUUGUUCAUUUGUUUUAUAUGUGUAUGUAUAGGUGUGUAGGCUUACUUGAAUGCAUGAAGAAAAAUAUGUAUAAGAACUUAUGUGUGUUAGUAUUUAUUACAUACCACAAAUACGACAACUAUUGCCCCCCCCCCCCAAAGUAAUGAGAAACAAUUGCAAAUGGCAUAGUUGUUCACCCUUUCUUAACUUCUCUGUUUUCGAAAUGAAGUGGAAAACUGUCGUAAAUAAUACACAACAGAAAUGUAAAAGCGAAAAUGAAAAAUUCAUUAAAUUAAUUGAAGUUGUCACAGUUAAAAGAGUUGAAAAAUGCAUAUUUGCCGUAAAUUGAAAAAAAAAAUAAUAAUAAAAAAAAAAAACAAUCCAAAAUGGAUGAAACAGCAGAAAUUGUAAUCUAACAUUUGAGUAGUUUGGAAAAGGGCAAACCGUGCCCGAAUCCAGCUUUGGCAGUUAUUAUUAUAAACAAAUUUCAUUUGCCAUCGAAACGCAGUUUCAAUUGAAUGGAAUGUCUGAUAAGCUAAUGAUUUGUGGCUUGAUCAUUGAAGGGAAAGCAAAUGCUGAAAAACCAAUAAAUAAAUAUACAAAUAUAAAUACUAUAUAUGAAAUUUUCUGUUUCAAAUUAA